ACAAGGUACGAGCUGACCCGCGAUCAUAAACACGACACACCAGUACCGCCUCUCUGUACUGUGUGUACACGCGUCACGUCAGCAGCUGAGAGCGGCCAGAGAGCUAGAGAGAAACACACGUACCGGUUCAUCGCGAUAAAAGUAUAGUAAAAUUAUAGAGACGUCGGCAGAAGAGCCGUCAAAAUGAACGCUCUUGUAGGAAUUGCGUUCGUUUUUAUAGGAUGUUGUUCUAACGUUAUAUUUUUAGAGCUCCUAGUAACUACAUAUCCAGGAUGUGGAAAUUUAGUUACAUUUGCUCAAUUUCUGAUAAUUAGUAUAGAAGGGUUCAUCUUUACCACCAAAUUUGGAACUGUAAAACCAGAAAUCCCUGUAAUAAAUUACUGCUACAUGGUGGUAUUAUUUUUCUUAGUGAGCGUUGUGAAUAAUUAUGCAAUAAAUUUCAACAUAUCUAUGCCUCUGCACAUGAUAUUCCGAAGUGUACACCAUUAAAAAGUAUUUAUCCAUUCUAAUGAUAUCCAUGGGUAUAUGUAUAUGUACCAUUAUGUCUGCGCAGACUGUUAGUCGUGAGAGUAACAAACAUAAACACUAUGAAGAUGAAGCUGAAUCUGAUAGUAAUGAAGCUAAAGAUUUUAUUAUCUGGUUAAUUGGUAUUGGUAUGUUGACCUUUGCGUUGUUCAUGUCAGCACGGAUGGGUAUUUACCAAGAAGUAUUAUAUAAAAAGCAUGGAAAACACCCCAGGGAGGCGCUAUUUUAUUCGCAUGCUAUACCUCUUGCUGCCUUUGUAUUUAUUGGUAAAGACAUAAUUCACCAUGCAUCACUCUUCUCACAAUCUGAGCCUGUACCAAUUCCAGUUUUAGGUGUUGAAGUUCCUAUACUGUGGCUUUAUAUGCUGGGUAACUGCAUCACUCAGUAUGUUUGCAUCCGUGCGGUGUUCUUUCUAACCACAGAAUGUUCGUCGCUUGUCGUAACACUCGUCGUCACUUUACGGAAGUUCCUCAGUUUGAUCUUCUCAAUAAUUUACUUCCAGAACCCGUUCACAUUCUACCAUUGGAUUGGAACGGGCAUGGUAUUUGGUGGUACGCUAAUUUUCUUGGGUUUCGUAGAAAAAGUUUCAAAUGCUAUAUGGCCUGUUGCUAAAAAAGAAGAAAAAGUAGAGUAGCGUAGCUUAGUGGUAAUGAAGAUCAACAGUGGCAGAUCUUCCUAUUUUUUUCUUCUUUUUUUGUCUAAUUUUGGGGAAAAAAAUAGGAGGUGGGGGAAAGCCAGCAAUGUACCCCCUUCCCCUUGAAUCCGCCACUGAUCAAAAAUAUAAAGUGUUGGUCUCAAAUAAUCAUGUGAUAAUUGAGUGUGAACCCGCAUUUAACCUAUGAAUCAUGCUGAAAAUGUUAACAUCCUCAGCCAUCUAUCUCUGGUUGGCUCUAAUGUGGUGCAUAGCUUCAACUGAUAUCUCAAAUUGGUCCAUUGAUAUAAAUACAGUAUAAACUGUCUCAUUCAGCAUACAUAUUGUAGAAUGGAAUGAUGCUCUACAAACUAAAUCUAUUUAUGUGAACUAAAACUCUUCAUAGAGAUGCUAGUAUUUUGUGUGGUGUAAAUACAUAACAUUUAACCUUUAACCCAGUACCCUAUAUUGACCUGGGUACCCAACGAGGGUCAUCGGCCGACGUGAUUCUAUGGAGAACGCCACGAUGCGCGCACUGAAUCUUUUUUGAUGACGAUCCGUUCAGACUGCUACCGCAGCAUCGCGUCGUGUGCUCACAGAAAGUGGAGUUGGAUUCGAGGAUUCGAUGGUUGUACGACGCAUUGAUUGCCCAGCUUUAGUAACCCACUAUAAAACCGGAGUUGUGACCCACGGUCUUAAUCAGAAUUUUUACACUUUUGUGUGAUUACUCCAAACAAAUUAUGUAUCAUUGUAAGAAAUACUGCUUCGCUGUCAUUUGAUGCGUUGUAAUCUAGUAUUUAAAAUUUAAUUUUUCACCGAGCUUGUCAUCUUCAGAAGAUGUAUGUAAAAUUGUAAACUCUGAAAUAAUUUAGCAAUAAUUAUGUUCUAGACAAGCCAUGGAAAGGAGCUUUAAAUUAGGCUAUUAUUAUUUUUACCAGUGUUAUUUUUAUUUUAUAUGAUUAGUCUUUGUUCUAUUUUAGUGUACAGUAAAUGGUUAUAUAGCUGCCUUUCUUGAAUAAGUGUUUUUUGCUAAACACUGCCCUUAAAUUAGCAUUGCAUUGCUUAUUAGAGAUAUUUUUUAUUUUCAAUAAAUGUUAAGGUGCUUAAUCGAGAGUGCCUGCAAUUUAAUAAACACAAAAUUGAUAAUUCUGUCAUUGCAAGAAAUCGGCCUAUAUAGAGUACUUGGUACCAAUUUUGAUGCUCUAACAAUCCCCACCUCUCAUUUAAAUUGAAAUAAAGGACUAAAAAUUUCAUAAGCGCUGUAACACAGGUUUUUACCAUAGUCACUGGCCUAUCAAUAUUUUAUUACCAGUGUAAUUUGUAUUGUACAGGUAUAUGUAAAACAAAUUUUUAUAUAAGUGAAGUCUUCACCAAUAUUUAUUAUUCAAUUCUCCCUCCAAUUAAAGAACACUUGAAAUGAAAGAACACUUUUCUGUGGUCCCAAAUUAACAAAUGUGUUAUCUUUAUUAUUUUAAUUAGAGACCAAAGCUGCUAAAGACUAUGGAAACCCAGGUCUCAAAAGUAUUCUAUAAUUUUAGGGAGACUUGUACCUUUUUUAUGUUUCAAGACCAGUCUAGUAAACUGGACAUUAAUUUGAUGUGGAUCAGGCUCACAACCUAGCAACUAUCAUACCUCUGAAUAGGAAACUAGAUUGAAAUGCACAUACAGUAUUUGAUUAGGUAAUUAUGAUGAUAUUAAUAAAUACCUUUUUAUUAACAGAACUUGAUUAGAUUAGAGGUUAAUACUCUGUUAUGUUUUAAUCAAAGCAAAAUAAUGUUACCUCCUAGAUUUCACACUAUAUUGCUACAAAACCAAGUCUAAUUGUAAUUGAAAUAUUAUUAUUAAUGAUAGUACAGUAAUAACAAUGUGAUUGUUUUUAUUGCCACAUUAAUAAUGUUAGGUGACGUCAGUGCUCAUAGGAUGCAUAUACAGCUAUACCAGGGGAUGUCCACUAACAACCUCUACAGGUGCUAAUCCUAAAGCUCAUUCGUAGUGUACCCCAGGGCCAAGGGGGUUUCAUUUGACCCGUAACAUGACUAAGUCAUGUGACAUUCCUAGGUAAUUAUUUUAACACAAAAAAAUCACUGCAGGGAUUUUACUGAAACUGUGGCAACAUUCCAGUCAUUAAAUCUUAACACUGUUCCCACUUGGAUUUUUUGAGUCAGUUAGUUUUACUGUGAGAAAUAGUAAAACUAACCAAGCUGAAAAAAUCAACUAUUGAGGGCGCUAAUCUGUGAAAGCUUUGGAUAUUUGCACUGAGUAGCGCUUGUAUAACUUGGGAAGGUUUAAUUGGACAUUUCAGCUCAGUAAAUUAACCCAGUCAGUUUUACUGAGCACAGUCCAUUUUUUUUUUUUAUUAAACUAACCGUUCAUCUUGGUAUGUUUUCCUGGGAGGUAUGUUUCCUAGGAUGUUCGCACUGGAUUAAUUAUGGUAAACUCAUCAGUGUCUUUGUUAGUUUUAACAAAAAAAAUAGUCCAGUACAAUUACGACUUUAGUUUAUAGACUGACGGAUGUAAUAAGCAAUAAAAUCUUGUUUUUCGUGUCACCGACUUAUCCUUCAGAAAAAAUUUUGCCUCUUUUUUUUUUUUGACCUAUUUUCAUUGUUGAAGUAAUUUAAAGUGAAAUACAACAAACUACUUAUACAGUGAACUUAAAUUAACAUAGACCAGUAUUAAAACAUUAAGACCUCAUGUAUAUAAUCCAUAUAUGGUGUUCUCUCUGUGAUUUAAAAUAUGAAAAAAAUGUUAUAUAUAGUUAUUAUAUAGUUUUUUAUUUAUUAUUUUGGUAUAAAUCAAGCUCGCAUUAAUUCCAGUGCAUGAUGUUAGGUAUGACAAAUUUAAAUGCUUAUUAGAAAUUGUAUUGUAGGAUAGUAUCUUGUAAACCAUAAUAAAAUUUUAAUGGGAUGUUAAAAUAUAAA